CUCUCUCUCUCUCUCUCUCUCUUUCUCUCCCUUUGUCUUUUUUAUUCCUCCUCGCCUCGUCAUAUUUCAACGACUUCGUACGCCCGCGACGAGGUUUAAUUUGGGAUACCGUGGGGGUUUCGCGCGCUUUGUCGUACGCGGGCGCGCGCCAUCCAUCGACGUCGUGGAUCUCUCCCCUUUGAAGUCCAAACCGGAAGGAUCGUUUAUACGAAGGCGAAUAUACACGCUUCUCUCGGUCUCUCUCUUCCCCGAGUGACUCGAGACGACGACGACGACGACGACGACGACGACGUAUGCGCGUGUGAUCGCGCCCCGCGAUCGUUUACCCGGCGCUCUCGACGUGCAGUGUAGAUCGCGACGAGGUCGCGGGUCGUCGCCCACGUCUCCGUUUCGCUCUCGUCGAUGACAAAGAGAGGCGAACCCACUCCUCCAUGUGCGACCCCACCGCGUUACUGGAUCUAGUGCCGGGCGAGGGAUUACUCAAGAGGCCGUCCAUGGAUUACAACGAGUACACAUAUUGCUACGGCGGUGGUCGAGGGUGUUUGUUGGACAGUUCGGCACCACGGGGCCCGCCUGAUGUGCCACCCCGUAACCCCGCAAUGAGCCGGCUUAACGGAAGAUUGCCAGGAAGUCACGCAGCGAGCGAUCACGAACGCGAUCCUGAUCUCGAGCCAUCCUGUCUCGUACGCACCCCAUCCGGUAACUUCUACAAUAUACCAAAGAUACCGAAGAAUGAAUACAACAACAAGAAUCAGUCCACGGGGAACAGUCCAAUAAAGGUGGAACUGCAGAACAACAUGGACAGAGUACCUUUACCUUACGGGCACGCCCCGUCGAUGAUCCCGAUGAGGAGACAAAGCAUCCGCUGUCAUUUCCGCAAGGGAAUCGAUUGGUGCAGCUGGAAACUAAUUGCCAUAGUAGUAAUUAUGCUCUCGCUCUGCUUGACCGCGGCAUUAACCUACGUCGCAGCGUCCAAUUUAGUGAACUGGUCGUACCAAGGCACGAAAGCGUGCACGGUCCUGGUGGGCGAGAACACCGAUACCAAACCGUCGGCGGGCGAGGCGAACAAGACGUCCACGUCGUCCACGUCGACGUCGUCGCAGUCGAGCGGCAGGACGCGGCAGCAAUCAUCAGGAGGUAGUAUGAGCACGUUGAAUGGCGUAUUGCUAGAUGGUGUGUACAACCGCAAACGUAGGGACACGUUUAAUGAGCAUGCGUUGCACCAAACUGUCAUACCAUCACCCUCUCGCGACCCCGAGGAGCUGCCCUUGACCCCGACCACUAUCGCCGAGACCGAGACCUCGGGGUCCGGGCAGCGGCCAGUCCCGUUGCAUGUGGAGGACUCUCUCGGUAAGGUUUUGCAUGAUCCGGAGCAUGCGGACGAUCAAAGUCCAAUGAGAGGAGCCAUCGACCGCACGAUCGCAGCUGCCGAGGACGUCAAGGACGCAUCACCGGAAUCACCGGGAUCGACGGCUCCCUCGCGGGCGGUACAGCUUGUCGUGAAUGUCUCUUCUACCGCUACUAACUACUACUCGCACGAUCGUUCGACUCAUACCACUGUCGCUGUCGACAAUCUUGCCUCUUCGUCCUCUGUCUCUGUUGGCUCUGGCAAUUCUCUCGCGUCAGCUUCCGUUCGCCAAUUGCCCCGUAACGAGACGAUGUUCGACACGACGCCGCGGCUUCUCGCCGAGUCGCCAUACGACACUUCCUCGCGGCACACCCUCCCGAAACUCGGCCGCGAUGACUCCGCGAAUUUCGACCGCGAUGUCGAUAACGCCGGCACGUCCGAAAGUUCGGACGUUGCCGAAAGCAGCGACGAUAUCGGGGCUACGACGUCCGCAUCCGGCGCGGAGUCCGUGAAACUUGGCACAGAUACCGGCGAUUACGGCCAAAUAGUAGUCGACGGAACUGCAGAAAUGGCAGUAACGUUCUCCGUCGAUUAUGUAGACAGUAGCACCGUAGAACCGGCGACUGUAACCGAGACUGUACGCUCGAACGAGCCAACGGAGGGUCAACAAUCGAACGUAAGUAAUUCUGAUUCAAGCGAAAAGUUAGCUCCCGUAGAAAUAGACGCUCGGGAAGAAGUAGACGCUAGCGCAAUUUCGCCUAGUUUAAACGUAGUAGAUAACGAAACGGCGUUUGACACUCCGCCGAAGAAAGACGAGAACAUCGAAAAUCCUGUAGAAGAUACGAUUGUUGACGAUGGGUUCGAGGAGAAAAUCGAUUCGGAUGAAAAUGAUAGUCCGGCUAUCUCUGCGAAAAAAGAUGAUAUCUCGAAGAUGGCAGAUACGGCCGCGGAAUUAGAAGUGAAGUCCGAGACAUCUGGUAUUGUGAAAGAAACGCAGGAGCUGUCCCGAGAAUAUUCGUCUUCCGAAUCCGAAGUUCCAUCCGGUAUUGUUAAAAGUUCCGAACAGUCCGACGAACCUCAACGUGACUAUCCUGUGCCGAUUUAUAGCUACGGGCAGGACGAGGUAGAGAUUGUCAACCUCCAACACAAGAAGCGACCUAUCGACAGCGCGAAAGCGGAUCAUCCGAUUGUAUCCGAUUCCAUGAUUCUUAGCGAUAAAAAGAUGAAUAUCGCUUUCCGGACGGAACGAGAUAAAGAUGACUUACGGAUCAUCGCGAGGGAAAAGAGCGACGAAGAAUUUCUUCGAAAAUUCAAAGAGCAAUUCCACGAGUCUUCGGCCGAUGCUGACGAAUCUGUAGAGGACUCCCCUUCGAUUAAGACUAAUUAUAACUUACCCCCAAUGGACAUCCCGCAUAAAAUGGGCACCCCGCAUGAUUCAUCGGGCAACGCAUCACCCAGGUUUCCCUCUCGGUUCGACUCACCGAUGACCCAACGUGUGCAUAUCGUAGAGGUACCCGUGUACCGUGACGGUGCUUCAGGCCAAUCUUCCUCGUCCUCUUCAUUCUCAUCGUCAUCGUCACCGCACCGAGUGAUCAUAAACGUAACGAUCUCCGCCGAGGACUCGUCCGCUGUUUCCUCGAGGCCGUUGUACGUCCUGUCGGUGUCGGUGCCGACGGAGGGCGACGCGAUUAGCCGCUCAUCCGGGAUUAACGUCGAUCAGGCGCAGGUGCACACGGCCGAGCGGCUAUCGGAGCCAUCCGCAGCGAGCAUGAAAAAAAUCCCUGCUAACGACGGCGAGUCGAUUGACGCGGUUGAUACGCGAUUACCGCCACCGCCGCAGCCACCUGCCUCGCCACCGGCGCCGAUCUGGGCCGGGGGCGAGUGCGAGUGCUCCUGCCCCUGCAUGGGUUCGUCCUCUGAUGAGUGGGACAACUUUUCAGCGAUCGACGAGGAGGAGUUCGAGAGCGUUAAUUCUACUCUGUUAGUCGAGAAUUCCCCCGAGGAGUUAGGGGAAAGACCGAGGGAUAAGAAAACAGGGGACGAGCCAUCCGCGAACGAUUCGGUAAGGCCCGACGCGAGUUCCACCACCGAAAACUAUCAUUCCUCCUCGAUAGAUGACACUGCGAAGAGUAACGAAUCAACCAACGAGACCUCCACUUCGAUUUAUGAACCGGAAGUAAGCACCGACGUAUGUUCUGGGAGCACUUCGCUACCUCCAGAGCCCACUAUACUGAUUCUCGAAGGUGCGCGAACCUUCCCGGCGAGGUCUUUCCCGCCCGAUGGGACGACCUUCGCACAGGUCGGCUUGGGGCAAAAGCUGAGCAAGGAGAUACCGCCGUAUGGCUACUGGAACAUGCAGUUUUACCAAUCGGAAGCCGCCUACGUCCGUUUCGACUACAGCAUCCCGCGCGGUGCGAGCAUCGGCGUGUACGCGAGAAGGAACGCGCUUCCCACGCACACGCAGUACGACCUACUGGAAGUUCUCAGCGGUUUCAAGGCUCGGACCACCAGGGCGUCCCAUGUUAGUGUUAUUCCUUCGAUCAAGAAAGAGGUAACGCAAUAUAUGGAACCGGGACAUUGGUUUCUUUCGCUUUAUAACGACGAUGGAGAUCCUCAUGAAGUGUCGUUCAUUGCUGUCAUCGCCGAGGAUAUGACGCACAAUUGUCCAAACGGAUGCAGCGGCAAAGGCGAGUGUCUGUUAGGUCACUGUCAGUGUAAUCCUGGUUUUGGCGGUGAAGAUUGCAGCGAGAGUGUCUGCCCCGUUCUUUGCAGUCAAAGAGGUGAGUACAUAAACGGCGAGUGCCAAUGUAAUCCCGGCUGGAAGGGCAAGGAAUGCUCUCUGCGACACGACGAAUGCGAAGUACCCGAUUGCAACGGCCACGGUCAUUGUACCAAUGGCAAAUGCAACUGUGUGCGCGGCUACAAGGGAAAAUACUGCGAGGAGGUCGACUGUCCGCAUCCAACUUGCUCGGGUCACGGUUUCUGCGCCGAAGGCACGUGCAUCUGUAAAAAGGGCUGGAAAGGAGCCGACUGCAGUCAAAUGGAUAAGGAGGCAUUGCAGUGUUUGCCGGACUGCAGCGGUCACGGGAACUUUGAUCUAGAUACUCAGACUUGUGUUUGCGAGCCCAUGUGGUCCGGUGACGAUUGCUCGAAAGAACUGUGCGAUCUUGAUUGCGGUCCUCACGGGCACUGCGUCGACAAUGCAUGCGACUGCUUGCCAGGCUGGUCCGGCGAAUUGUGUAAUCUGAAGCAAUGCGAUCCCCGCUGCAACGAGCACGGACAAUGCAAGAACGGCACGUGUCUAUGCGUCACCGGAUGGAACGGAAAACACUGCACGAUGGAGGGCUGUCCGAAUUCCUGUUCCGGUCAUGGACAGUGUAGGGUGUCGAAUGACGCGCAGUGGGAGUGCCAGUGCUAUGACGGUUGGGACGGCAAGGAUUGCAGUGUGCUCUUAGAACAAAAUUGCAAUGAUGGACGAGACAACGAUAAAGAUGGUCUCAUUGAUUGCGCCGAUCCGGAAUGUUGCUCCAAUCACAUAUGCCGUACCAGCCAGCUGUGCGUCUCAGCACCUAAGCCAAUCGAUAUAUUGCUACGGAAACAGCCACCCGCCAUCACCGCAUCCUUCUUCGAGAGAAUGAAGUUCCUAAUCGACGAGGGCAGUCUGCAGAACUACGCUCGUCAGGAGACCUUCAACGAGAGCCGGUCGGCCGUCAUACGUGGUCGCGUUGUUACACAUCUCGGCACGGGACUGAUGGGAGUGCGGGUCAGCACCAGCACGCCGCUGGAAGGCUUCACCCUCACAAGAGACGAUGGCUGGUUCGAUCUUCUGGUGAACGGCGGCGGCGCCGUAACUUUACAAUUCGGCAGAUCACCCUUCAAACCGCAGAGUCACAUCGUCUUUGUGCCUUGGAACGAGGUUGUCAUAAUCGACAAGAUCAUUAUGAGCACUGCCGAAGAGAAGCCACCCGUACACGUUCCGCAUGCGUGCGCGGCGCACGAUUACGAUCUCAUGAAGCCGGUCGUCCUGGCGACUUGGAAACACGGAUUCCAAGGGGCCUGCCCGGACAAGAGUGCCAUUUUAGCGGAAUCGCAAGUUAUACAGGAGAGCCUUCAGAUACCCGGAACGGGUCUGAAUCUGGUAUAUCACAGUUCUCGAGCGGCCGGUUACCUGUCCACCAUACAACUGCAAUUGACUCCGGAGGUCAUCCCGCCGACGUUGAAUCUCAUACACUUGAGGAUCACGAUUGAGGGUAUUCUCUUCGAAAAGAUAUUCGAGGCCGAUCCCGUGAUCAAGUUCACUUAUGCCUGGAACCGCCUAAACGUUUAUCGCCAACGCGUCUAUGGAGUAACGACUGCCAUGGUCAAAGUCGGCUACGAAUAUAGCGACUGCAAGGAUAUUAUCUGGGAUGUGCAAACAACAAAACUGAGCGGUCAUGACAUGUCUAUUUCGGAGGUUGGUGGUUGGAAUCUGGACAUUCAUCAUAGGUACAACUUCCACGAAGGUAUCUUGCAAAAAGGAGAUGGUUCGAAUAUUUAUCUAAAGCACAAACCAAGAGUUAUUCUCACCACAAUGGGAGACGGUCAUCAGAGACCGUUAGAUUGCUACGACUGCGACGGACAAGCUUCCAAGCAACGUCUCUUAGCACCCGUUGCUCUUGCCACCGCUGCGGAUGGUUCUAUCUUUGUCGGUGAUUUCAAUCUAGUCAGGAAGAUCCUCGUCGACGGAACAGUCAGAACUGUGGUCAGAUUAAAUGCAACCAGAGUAUCAUAUCGUUAUCACAUCGCUCUAAGUCCUCUGGAUGGCGUACUCUAUAUUUCGGAUCCAGAAUCCCAUCAGAUUAUCCGCGUUCGCGAUACCAAUGACUACACGGAUCCCGAUCACAACUGGGAGACGGUAGUUGGCUCUGGAGAACGUUGUCUUCCCGGUGAUGAAGCUCAUUGCGGCGAUGGUGCGCUCGCGCGAGACGCUAAACUCGCUUAUCCUAAAGGAGUUGCCGUUUCCGCGGACAACGUCUUGUAUUUCGCUGAUGGCACCAACAUCCGAAUGGUUGACAGAGAUGGCAUUAUCACUACCGUGAUCGGCAAUCACAUGCACAAAUCACAUUGGAAACCUAUACCUUGCGAAGGAACGUUGAACGUCGAAGAAGUUCAUCUACGUUGGCCAACCGAAUUGGCGAUUAAUCCUCUGGACAAUUCGCUGCACAUGAUCGACGAUCACAUGGUUCUUCAGUUAGCGCCGGAUGGUCGCGUCAAGGUUGUAGCCGGUCGUCCACUUCACUGCGCCUCACCGUCGGCCUCAUUCGACACGGAACUUGCGACUCACGCUACUCUCGUAAUGCCGCAGAGCAUCGCGUUUGGUCCGUCGGGCGAUCUCUAUAUCGCCGAGAGCGACUCACAGAGGAUCAACCGCGUUCGCGUGAUUGGUACCGACGGCAAGAUAUCCCCGUACGCUGGCGCCGAAUCCAAGUGCAAUUGCUUGGAACGUGGCUGUGACUGUUUCGAGGCCGAUCACUACUUGGCAUCUACCUCUAAAUUCAAUACCAUAUCUGCCGUGGCGGUUUCCCCUGACGGAGUAGUGCAUAUCGGUGACCAAGCUAAUUAUCGAAUCCGUUCUGUGACAGCUAGCAUUCCCGACGCAAGUGGUGCGCGAGAAUACGAGAUCUAUGCGCCCGACACACAAGAGAUUUAUGUAUUCAAUCGAUUCGGUCAACAUAUUGCCACAAAGAACAUUCUGACCGGAGAGACUGUAUAUCUCUUCACCUAUAAUGUCAACACUAGCAAUGGUAAACUCAGCACAGUGACGGAUGCAGCUGGAAACAAGGUCUUUUUGCUCAGAGACUACAGCAGUCAGGUGAAUUCGAUCGAGAAUACGAAAGGGCAAAAAUGCAGAUUGAGAAUGUCUAGGAUGAAGAUGCUGCACGAAUUGAGCACGCCCGACAAUUAUAACGUUACCUUCGACUAUCAUGGACCCACAGGUCUAUUGAAGACGAAACUCGAUAGCACUGGUCGUAGUUAUGUUUAUAAUUAUGACGAGUUUGGUAGACUGACGAGUGCGGUGACUCCCACGGGUAAAGUGAUCAGUUUGACGUUCGAUCUUAGUCUGAAAGGUGCUAUAGUGAAAGUCGGACAGAACAACAGGAAACCCAUUUCGAUGUUAAUUAAAGGAUCAUCUGUCGUCACGAAGGUCGGAGAAGCUGAGCAGAGAACUACAGUUCUCGCUGAUGGUUCAGUCGGAAGAGUAACACCGUGGGCUCAUACUGUUAGCACCGAUUCAAUGCCAUAUUCGAUUUUGGCAGAAUUGGAGCCUCUAUUAGGAGAGAGCUACCCUGUCCCGGCUAAACAAAGAACAGAAAUCGCCGGGGAUUUGGCUAAUCGCUUCGAAUGGCGAUACUACCUUCGAAAGAUCCAAGGAAAUAAGAAUCGCGGUAACUCAAAAGCGAUCGCUCAAGUCGGCAGGAAGCUCCGUGUCAACGGCGAGAUUUUACUGUCUCUGGAAUACGACAGAGAGACAAAUACUGUGGCCGUGUUUAUAGACGAACGAGUAGAAUUGCUGAAUGUCACAUACGACAGAACAGCUAGGCCGAUUAAGUGGGGACCGAAGGAUGGUAUCUUCGCCGGUGUUGAGCUAGAAUAUGAUCGAUUUAGUAGACUAACAAGCUGGACGUGGGGUGACAUUAGCGAAACCUACGGCUUCGACAGAGCAGGCCGUUUGUUCGAGAUCAAAUAUAGCGACGGCACGUCGAUGGUAUAUGCCUUCAAGGAUAUGUUUAGCAGCCUACCACUGAAAGUUACUACACCUCGUGGAAGUGAUUAUCUUCUUCAAUAUGACGAAGCGGGAGCGUUACAAUCAUUAACUACUCCAAGAGGACAUAUCCAUACAUUCUCUCUUCAAACUUCUCUCGGAUUUUACAAGUACCAGUAUUAUUCGCCAAUGAACAGACAUCCAUAUGAGAUUCUUUAUAACGAUGAUGGUCAAAUUCUUGCCAAGGUAUAUCCUCAUCAAAGCGGAAAAGUUGCUUACGUUUAUGAUCAUGCUGGGAAACUUGAAACUACACUUGCCGGUCUUUCCUCGAUACAUUAUACCUAUCAAGAAACGACCAGCCUGGUGCGUAGCAUUGACAUCAACGAACCGAACUUCGAAAUGCGCAUCGAAUAUAAAUAUCAUGCCGGUAUCGUGAAAGACGAAAAGAUUAAGUUUGGCAGUAAGAGCGGCAUGGAUAACGCUCAUUACCGUUAUCAGUACGACGGUAACGCGCGUAUAUCCGGCAUCGAAGUCGACAUCAACGGCAAACAGCUACCUCAGCUUCGUCUCAAGUACAACCAGAAUCUUGGAGUACUGGAGGGCGUCGGUGAUCUCAGAAUAUACAGAAAUCUCUUCAACAGAUCGGUCAUGCAGGAUAGUAGCAAACAGUUCUUCACGAUCACAGACUAUGACGAGCACGGUCGUGUCAAGACUGUAUUGAUGAACAUUAGAUCAUUCGACGUAUUCCGUAUGGAGCUCGAAUAUGACAAUCGUAAUCGCAUUAAGAUGAGAAAACUCACGAUCGGAAAGGAGUCGAUGGAGAAGAAGGAGUGGUCCAGGAUGGAGAAGAUCACAUAUAAUGCGGACGGUCACGUGCUAGAGGUAGCGGAUACAGAGAAUAAUUGGCAGUAUGCGUAUGACGAGAAUGGUAACGUGAUCGGCGUGACCGAACAUAACGAGAAGAUCGUUUUGGGUUACGACAGUGGCGAUCGAGUGGUUCAAUAUGGUGACGUUGAAUUUAAUUCAUAUGACGGACGUGGCUUCGUCGUAAUUCGCGGAGAACAUAAAUAUAGAUACAAUUCGCGCGGCCAGCUGAUUCACGCGUCGGAGCACAAGAAAUUCCAGAUUUGGUACUUCUACGAUGAUCGCGGUCGAUUGGUGUCCAUGAACGAUGAUCGAGAGAACAUUACGCAAUUCUUCUACGCAAAUCCAAAAACUCCGGAUCUGAUAACGCACGUUCAUUUCCCGAAAUCAUCCAAGACGUUCCGGUUCCUCUACGACUCGCGCGAUUUCCUGAUGACCGUAGAAACAUCUGAGCAACGUUUCUAUGUUGCGACGGAUCAAAAUGGCUCGCCGCUCGCUCUCUUCGACACUAAUGGUAAUCUUAUCAAAGAGAUGCGACGCACACCGUUUGGCAAAAUCAUUAAGGAUACCAAUCCCGAUUUCUAUUUGCCUAUUGAUUUCCACGGAGGUCUCUUCGAUCCCAACACCAAAUUGAUCUACUUGAAUAAGAGGCUCUACGAUCCGACCGUCGGUCAAUGGAUGACUCCAGCUUGGGAACAGAUGGCCAACGAACUUACCACACCGACCGACAUUUUCAUCUAUCGCUUCCGUAAUAACGAUCCGAUUAAUUUCAAGCAGAAUGUCGAGUAUAUGACGGAUCUGGCAAGUUGGCUGAAACUAUAUGGUUAUGAUAUCUCAACGAUGCUCGGCUCCGAAUAUACGAAGCAAAUGGUGUACCAGCCGAGCGCUAUUGUCACAUCUCCGCAAUUAACUCCGGACUUUGGUGUGAUGUCCGGUCUGCAGUGCAUUGUGAAUCGCGUGCAGGAGAAGUUCUCCGAUCUGGGUUUCGUUCCCAAGCCAUUGUUGAAGUUGGAACCGAAAACGCGGAAUCUGUUGCCGCGAGUAGCACAUCGUCGGGCAGUUUUCGGCGAGGGUAUCCUGGUGUCGCGCGUCGGUGGUCGAGCUCUAGUGAGCGUGGUGGACGGUGUCAACAGUGUGGUGCAAGACGUGGUGACGUCCGUGUUCAACAACUCGUACUUCCUGCCGUUGCACUUUAGCGUGCACGAUCAGGACGUCUUCUACUUUGUCAAGGAUAACGCAUUGAAGAUCCGCGACGACAUGGAGGAGCUUCAUCGGCUCGGUGGCAUGUUCAACGUAUCCACACAUGAGACGACCGAGCAUGGCUCAGGCACGUGGAAGGAGCUAAGACUUCACAAUCCGGACGCGGCCGUAGUGAUCAAAUACGGAGCUGAUCCCGAGCAGGAGCGACAUCGUAUCCUCAAGCAUGCGCACAAGCGAGCCGUCGAGAGAGCCUGGGAGAUUGAGAAGCAACUGGUAAUGGCCGGUUUUCAGGGCAGAGGCGACUGGUCAAAGGAGGAAAAGGAUGAGCUCAUCAGUCGCGGCACCGUCGACGGCUACGAGGGUGUCGACAUCCACAGCGUGCACAGGUAUCCCCAGCUCGCCGACGACCCCGGUAACGUUGCGUUUACCCGCGACACCAAGAGGAAGAGGCGGAAGAGCGGCAACAGGCGCAACAGAACUCACAGGCAUGACUCGUGAUUUGAGGAUACCACGACGCGAGUUCGAAGUAUCACAUGGGACUUGAUUCGCGCGUGAAUAUGAGAAGCGAGUAUGAACGGAACGGGAGAGAAAGGGAGCAGCGCGUCGAUGCUGAAAAAAAUCCAGCUGCCGCGAACAUGCGUCAAACUGCAAUCCACGCGAGCGUGGACGUCGUCGUCCCUUUCUCUCUUCGGUCCUCCUCUCGUCCUCUUCUCCUCCUCGCGCUCGUUGAGAUGCGAAGAUCACGAAUGCAUAGUGCAUCCCGUGUUCGGUGCGACCUAUCCCGUCGAUGUGCCAUAAGCGCGUUCACGCGAUCGCGAUCGAUCUCAGAUUCGUAGAUCGGUCAAACGUGCGUGCGGAGACGACGGGUAUGGGAAUGGAUCGCGAAGUGUCAAAAUUAAGCUAGUCGCAUUAUUAACGAAAUGAAAAAUAUAAAGCUUGUUACAUAUGGUGAUUAGUUUAUAGAGAAAAGAAAAAGACACGGAGGAAGAGAGAAGGAUGGAGAGAGAGAGAGAGAGAGAGGGAAAGGUGGCGAAAAUCGACGCGUGGAGGAAUGACAGAGACGAAAGUGCGUGCGUGAACUUUCAAAGUGCCGUCCGCGACGAAAUCCGGUAGUGUUUUCGCGAAGAGGAGGAUGGAUGAGAAUAUGUCUUGGACUUUCUCGUCGGAUCGUCGAUCGAAUUCGAGCUGGUGUUUAUUCACGCAACAGGGUCUACAAGACACGCGUAAGCACGCACGCGGAAACGAGAUGCCUCGAGAUCGCCGCGUCGAAAGCAUUAAAAGAUGCGAGGCGAGAGGAUAAAAUUUUUCGAUACCAGAGGUAUGACACUGACACUCUCCGAACGUCUUAGUCUUAUCUGACGCUCCCGUCGUUCGGGAUAAUCCCUCGCCCCGCAUCUCUAGUCGGGACGUAUCCGCUCGAGGGUGGAUGCGUCUCAACAGACAAACUGUCCGUGGACGUCGCCGUAGAUCGCGUCGCGAGACGCUGUAGGAAAAGCGUAAGGUAAUCGAGCGAUUGAGAGAGAACGAGAGGGAGAGAGAGAAAGGAAAAGAAUGAUUGGGAGAGAGAGAAAGGGACAAAGAAGAGCAAAUAUACAGCAGAUAUUUUUAACAAAGCGCAAAUUGGUGUACUAGGUGCGAAACAAGCAAUUGUAAAUAUAGCUACUCGAGCUCUUAAUGGUAAAUGUAGAUAAAAUAUCGUAACGCGCGAGAGAACGAUCGUAAACUCAAGUGGAACUGUCGAUACCGCUUUUUUAUAUGUAAUACAAAAAAAAAAGAAGAAUAUGUGACACACAUGAUAUACGUGUGUGAAGGUAUAGAAACUUAUUUGUGCCCCCGUGAUGUACGCGAACGCGAGAGAUAAUCGCGUUGAAGAAAGUCGCGGAGCUAUAUCGGACGCGUCGCGGUCUUUUUGAUUAAGAAAAAAAAAAAAAAAAAAAAAUAAACGUGAAAGAUUCUGCUACGAGAAAAACGCGAUAUUUGUGCAAAACGGUUCACGUUAAAUCUCGACCGAGGCCUACGCAUCACGAUUGACACACAAACACACUAUCGCUUCAAAUCGGCCGGAUGCAUAGCACGAUCGGCAAUGUUAUCUUAUUGAUUCUGCCGUUACGUGCAAACGCGUAAUUGAAUAAUGCUAUAAACGCACCUGGAAUCGAAUUCUAUCAAGUCUCUAAGAUUCAUAGAAACUUUGUGGAAUUUUUAUUUUAAAGAUGUGAUGAAGAUUAUUUUCCUUCUAUUUGUAAAAUCAAUUCAUGAAAUUUUCACAAGAUGAGUUUUGCAAGCAAAUAGAACGACAUAUUGCUUUUCCAAUAAUGAAAUAAUAGUAUAAUAUUAAAACAAAUUGCCAUCAGAAAAUAAUCAAGAAAUAUUGUUAAUUUUAUCAUUAUAGAAUUAUUACAACGUCCAAUUUAUCUGUUUUCAGUUAUUUUACUUGUAUUUUGUAUUUCGUAGAUUUCAAACUUGAUGAAUUUUGAUCGUGAUUGCCUAAAGUAUAAGCGAAUCUGUCGGUUUGUCGUAGACAAUGUAGACACGUGUAAAUAGUAUAUCGAUAUCACUUAAGCGUGUAAGAACUACUACAACGUGAUAUCGUUACGUAAUAAAAAGUGACACGACGUGACGAGACAGCCGUAACGAGAUACGUCGAAGUAAUAAUGUCCAGAAGAAAAAUAAUAAUAAUAAAAAUAAUAAUAAUAUAUGAUAACGAUAAGUAAUAAGAAUAAUAAAUAGAGUAAUAAUAAUAAUAAUAAUGGAAAAUGAUAAUAUUACCAUUGUACGGAAAAUGCCCCGCCUAUCUUUCUACUAAAAAUGAAAAAUUAUUUUUUGAAUUGUGUCGUCGAAGAAGUCCUAUGUAACCGUGUGUAUGUGGGAUCGCCCUGUGAAAAAGAACCUCAACCCCGCGCUCCGCCGAAGUGAGCACCCCCGGUAAAAAAUCGUUGGAUUAACAAGAAUCGAUACAUGCAGAGAAAUUCGUUUCGUCAAAUUAUAAAUUCCUAAUCCUUAAAAUAUAGGGAAUUGGUUUUGCGAUGAUUGAAUUCUUUUCUAUAUCUUUUAAUCUACAUAUCUAUUCAAUUCUUGAGAAGAAAAGAUUAAAAAUUUUCAUGAAUUUCUUCCGUAUCUCUUGUAAUUAAAUUUCACAUCAUCUCACUUUUCCUUUUUCUUCCGAGUUACAAUAUAAAGCAUUGUCUGACAUUUUUUUUUUACAAUUUUUAAAAUCAAUCCCUGACUUUGAAGAUCAGGCAUUUCAUCGAAAUAAAUUUCUUCGAUUCGUCUUAAUUCACCUAUUUUUUACAGGGCACAACCUUAGCUCCUCCUCUCUGUAACUGAUAUAGCUGAACUCGUCGGUGUUUAUCAAUAUUGGGUAAAUAAGGGAAAAAAAAAAAGUAAAAAGCGUAGAUCGAAGUCUGUGGUUCGGGUCGAAUGAAGUAACCGACUAAUAGAAAGUAAAGAAUGCAAAAAA